GAAAGGGGAGGGAGCAGAGACAGGAACACAUCAUAUACACACACCGGUCUGGAGGCUGAUAAUAACAGCAGCACAGAGACGCCGGGAAGCUCCGACGGAGGAAGCUUGACACAGUUCGCCCUUAUUUAUUUAUUUAUUUAUUUAGUCUGUUUGUGGGUUAUUUAUUAUAUUUCUAUCAAAGAUGAACGGAAUGACGAGAAGUCUGUGCACGUUUGAGGACAUCAAAAACCAAGAGUAUGGGGAGGGGUGCAGGCGACUGCGGCUCACACUGCACGACCAGAACCAGGCAUCUCGGCGCACAGAGCAGCACAGGGACAAGCCGGUCGGACGGGCAUUUGCACUGGUACAGCCGGCCAGCGACAGAACUGUUUUGACCCCUGAACCGGUCAAGUCUACAGAGGAGCAGGUGGAAGUUAUCAAGGUGUAUCUAGAGGCACGCAGACAAGAGCAGCAGAAACAUCAGGAGAGCCUGAAGAUGCUGUCAGACGAAGUUUCCCAGAUACAGGAGGUGAGGUAUUGCUUGAAGACACUGAGGGAGCAGAUGGCGGCCAAAAACAAGCCACACACAAACGGGUGGAAAGUCAGCGUCCCCUUCAGAAAGAGUGCCUCGUCCACCCCCAAGGGAGGAGCUAAAGCUGACGGGCAGGAGGCCGAUGAUGAAGCAGAGAGAACCAAGCUGAGGGAAGUCAGUAAGCGAUUGUAUGCACAGCUGCAGGAAGCUGAGAAGAAACACCAAGAGGAGAAGGAGAUGCUGCAGGCUGAAGGCAGCAGGCUGAGGGAGCUUCUGAGCGACCAGGAGGAGAAGCUGAAGACCACAGAAGAAGCCAGCGAGAGGAAAGACAGGCGCGUCGAAGAGCUCCAGAGGUUGCUGGGAGGGAUGGAGCAGGAGAGCGCCACCCUGCGGGAGGCCAUCCGCAACCGCGAGGAGGAACUCCGCGAGCUGCGCAAGAUCAGAGAGGAGGGCCAGAAAGGGGACCAGAGGGCUGAACAGUUGGAGAAGGAGGUUGCUAUCCUCAAAGAAAAGAUCCACCAUCUGGACGACAUGCUGAAAAGCCAACAGAGGAAAGUCAGACACAUGAUCGAACAGCUCCAGAACUCUCGCAUGGUGAUCCAGGAGAGAGACCGCGUGAUCAAAGAGCUGGAGGAGAAAGUGGCAUUCUUGGAGGCUGAGAACCGAGAGAUGCGUGACCAGGUGGACUACUUCAUGGGAGGGCAAAGGUCAAAUUCUUACCUUUCAUCAGAGCGCAACCCCCAGAUUGUCUACAGUAAACCAAUCAAGCUGUCCACCUCAUCAAACAAACCACUCCCAUUCAUCAAAGUCAUUGAAAUCAAGUCAUGAAGCGACUGUGCGAAAGGAAGACAUAGUUCUGGAGUGAAGGGCUUAGAACCACCAAACCUUUUCAAAUGCAGACUGAAGUCAAACAGCAGCUCUACUAUCACAUCUGACCACGAGCAUGUUGGAAUUGGAUAUCAGAGAUGAGUUUCCUAGACUGCAGCAUCAUCACUUCAACUAACCACAAACAUUCUUGAAGGAAAAACUGUGCGGUGUUUGGUAGCACACAUACACUGGGGUCUGUUGUAUGUGUGUGUGUGCAUAAUGAAUGAGUGUGCAUAUGACCGCUUUAAUGUAGAUACAUUAAGUGUACUGAUGAUGCGCCUGAUGUGCUUUCAAAGUUUUACACAUAGCACAGCGUACUGAAUGCAAGUGUUUUCUAGUCCUGCCUUGUCUUUGACCUUUGAGUUUACGGCACCUGAAUCAUCGUAUCAAAACAAAACUGUACAAAGGGCAGGAUGGAGGAGCUUUUGCCAAAGUGGGUUAUAAAGUUAUACAGUCCAUACACAGUAAUGUAGCACCAAUAUACUGUAGCUAACUAAGCUGUCGUGACAGAUGAGUUUCAUGUCAAUCAGUAACCUGAUGAUCUGAAUCCUCUGUCCUUGUACUCAUUACUCACUCAUACAUGACUCUGUUUGCUCUGCUGAGUGAAUGGUAUGAUGUUUUUAACAUAAAUACUGACUGUAGCCUAUAUAAGGUCGACAAACUGUUUGUAGUUUUGAAGCCCCAAAUAAUAUGGCACUUGAUGAAACUGUGAGGAAGCAGAGGGAUAAAUUAAGACGUAGCAUCAUUAUAUGAAUAUUUCUUAUAAAGCAUUUCAGUUCCCUGCCAUUGUAUAUACAGUCACUUUGUUUUGUACAUAAUAUUAAUGAAUGUGAUUUGAUGUUUUAAUUUCUGCCUAACAGCUUUCUUCUUUGUAUUUAUUUAUGUAAAAUAAAAGCCUCUAGACAGAUCAGUUGAUAGAUUUUGUAUGAAGUACAUUCUAAUCUAGUGUCUGUGCUCAUGGUUCUCAGAAUAAAUUAAUAAAAUUAAUACAAUGCUU